AUGUCCCCACGGAUUCCUAAACUAUAUAGUCCCCAAAAAAUUCCCACUGUAUUACAAUAUGAUGAAAAUUUUCAACAAGUCAUAUUAUGGGGAUUUGAUGCUGUAGCUAGCGAGCCUAUAAAACGCAAAAAGAAAGUCAAAUCUACUCAAUCGAGACCUAUCGAACUUUUUAAACUCCAUUUAGGAAUGAUUCCAGAAGAGCAAAAACCAGCAUUACCAUCAAAUAUUACCCCCGAAAGGGCUAUCACUGAUUAUCUUCGAGAAAUGGGUAUUAUUAAGGAAGAAGUUGAACGUCGUUGGCCAGGAAUUGACUUUUUUAAAAAUGUACGCCUAAUAGUAACAAUACCUGCAGCUGAAGCUGCAGCUGUACAUUGUAUCAAGAAGUUAAAAGAACAUGGGUUGAAGGCUGGAGUUGAUUGCGGUGGUGGGACAAUAGAUUUGACUGUAAGAAAACUGCUUGAGAAUAAUCAGCUUGGAGAAGAUACUGAACGUUCCGGAGAUUUUUGUGGUGCCACAUAUGUUGACAAAGAAUUCUUGAAAUUUCUCGAGGACAGGGUCGGAAAAGAUGCAAUAAAAAUGUUGCGCGAAAAACAUUACAGUCAACUUAGCUAUAUGGUUCAACAGUUUUGCGAUCGUGUCAAGACUCGCUUUACCGGCAAAGAGUCAGAAUUCAGAAAAUAUAAUUUAGAUAUUGAAAAAACAUGCCCAGCUCUAAAACAAUAUGUUAGUGGUAGUGUUAGAGAUGAGUUAUCAGAUGAAGAGGAUUGGGAGAUUGACAUUGACUUUGAAACAGUUAAAAGCUUUUUUGAUCCCGUUAUCAAUAAAAUUCUUCGCUUAAUAAGUGUUCAACUCUCUAAAAGUAUGUGCUCAGUAAUGUUUUUAGUUGGAGGUUUUAGUGAAUCUAAAUACCUUCAACAAAGAAUUAAGCAAAACUUUCCAGAGUGUAAAGUUGCAGUUCCACCUCAUCCUAUGGCGGCAAUAGCACGUGGGGCUGUUGAAUACGGAUUAGAUAUGGAUGCCAUUAAAAGUCGUGUAUUAAAAUGGACCUAUGGUGUUGCAGUUUAUCCAAUAUUUCAAGAAGGUGAUCCAUUAUCACGUAAAACUUCAAAUGGACGUAUACAGAAAUUUCGUUUGAUGGCUAAAAGGGGCGUUCAAGUGGAAAUAAAUCAACAAUUUUCCACCAGACAAUAUCCAGUUGAACCGAAUCAAACAAUGAUACUUUUUAGAUUUUAUUAUACCCCAAGGAAAUCAGCGCAAUAUUGUGACGAAUCUGGAAUGAAUAAAUUAGGAGAAUUUCGUGUUGAUUUACCAGACACUCAUUUAGGCAUUAACAGGCCUGUGUUACUUACACUAUGUUUUGGAUCGAUGGAAAUCAUUGCAAUAGCAAAGAAUGAAACAAAUGGAAAUGUUUAUCAAACAGCAUUUGAAUUAGAUUUAUAA